ACUAGGCUAGCGGCAACACAACUUCCUACACUGUCAGUUCGCGUUCAUAACCUUCCCAGUCUAUAUCUAUAACUGCGUGACCUGGUGGAGAAAAGUAGUAGUUGUUUUAGAGUUUUUAGUAGAGCUUCUUGUGUCUAUAUGUGCGUGAAGUAAAACCAUCGAGAAGCAAAGUUAAAGAGAAGAAAAUGGGCCUCUUGUAAUGAAAGAAAAUGGGUGAAGGGUGCCGAAGGAUGAAGGUUACGUGUGUGUGAAAGUGAAAUAGAGGAAAAGUGUGAAGGUUGUGUUGAUAAAGGAGCUGUGAUAAGGGAAAGAAUCAGUAAGAAGGAGGAGGAAGAGGAAGAAAGUGAACAGAACCAGCAAUAAUAAUAAUAAUAACAAUAGUGAUAAUAACAAUAAUAAAUGCUAUCGACGUAAAAUAAUCAUAAAAACCGCGGAAUUCAAUAACAAGAAAAACGUGGGCUGUGAAAAUUGAUGUAAGGUAAAAAAAGAAAGGAGAGAGAAAAGAAAGAAAUAAAGAAAGAAAUACAAAACGAGAGAAAAAAAGAACGAGAAGAAAGAAAGAAGAAGAAAGAGAGAGUUAAAGAGAGAAGAUAGGAAGAUCGAGAACACAGAAAGAAAGAAUGAAAUAGAGAAAAGAAGAGAAAGAAAAGACAAAUCAACAGAAAACAGAAAUAAACAAAUACCUCUAUAAAUAAACAACAACAACAAACAACUUCACAAUGUUUUCGUGGUUGAUGAACAAGAUAAAAGGCGACGAAGAACAACAACAACAACAAAAGGAACAAAAGAGGAGAAACAGCACAAUAGGAAGAAAGAAAUCCAUAAUAGAAGAGCCAAAACUACCGCGAUCGAAUUCCUCUGAGCCCCAGCUGGUGCGAUCCAAUUCCACUCAGGAGGAUUGGAAGGUGUCCACCACGCCCCUGACCACUCCCGUAGUCUCCAGGCACAGGGCGGGCACGCAAUGCUCAGACAACACGCCCUGGGGCACGCCAAAGGAGAGUCUGCUGGACGGCGCGAUGAUGGUGGCUAUGUACGACUACGAGGGGCGCACCGACGAGGACCUCAGCUUCAGGAAGGGCGAGCAGCUGGAGGUCCUGAAGGAGGCGAGGGCAGGAUCGGGGUGGCUCUACGCUCGGAAUCACGCUACGGGACUCGAAGGUUACAUCCCCCUCGACUUCGUGGCCAAACUGAGGAGCAUCGAAGCGGAGCCAUGGUACUUCGGUGACAUCGCCCGCGGGGAGUGUGAGCGGCGGCUGCUCUCGAACGCCAACGAACACGGCUCCUUCCUCAUCCGGAACUCUGAGUCGAGGAAGAACGAAUAUUCCCUCUCGGUCCGGGCCAUGAACACCGUCAACCACUACCGGAUCCGCAUAAUGGAUCACGGGGGGUUCUUCAUCACGAGACGCAAGCCCUUCGACUCCCUGCAUGACCUGGUGGCGUACUACAGUCAACACAAUGACGGUCUCUGCACCAGGCUCGACACACCCUGCGUCUCCGUGGAUACGCCCGAGACAAGGGGGCUCUCGCACGAUACCUGGGACGUGUGGGAGAUCCCGAAGGAGCAGGUGGAGCUGGGGCGGCUGCUGGGCUCGGGGCAGUUCGGGGAGGUGUAUCAGGGCCGCUGGAACAAGACCGUGCCCGUGGCUGUGAAGACGCUGAGGCCGGGUAAGAUGAAGCAACAGGAGUUCUUGGAGGAGGCGCAGAUCCUGAAGAACCUCCGCCACCCGCGCCUCCUGCAGCUCUACGCCGUGUGCACGCAGGAGGAGCCGUUCUACAUCAUCACGGAGCUCAUGCACAACGGCUCCCUGCUCGACUAUCUGAGGCGCGAGAACCGGCCCCUCAUUGACAAGGUGACGAUUGGGGCAGAGGUGGCGGCGGGUAUGGAGUUCCUGGAGACUAAGAACUAUGUGCAUCGCGACCUGGCUGCGAGGAACGUGUUGGUAGGGAAGAACGGAAAUGUCAAGGUGGCGGACUUCGGCCUCUCAAGGAUACUGAAGGAGGACGAGUACACGGCGGCGGAGGGCGCGCGCUUCCCCAUCAAGUGGACGGCCCCCGAGGCUCUGCGGCACAACAAGUUCACCACCAAGUCCGACGUCUGGUCCUUCGGGGUGCUGCUGAUGGAGGUGGUGACGUCCGGGAUGAUCCCCUACCCAGAGCUAUCGAACGUCGAGGUGAUCCAGGCCUUGGAGACGGGUUACCGCAUGCCCCAGCCCAAGGGAUGUCCCACCAAGCUGUACAACAUGAUGCUGGAGUGCUGGGCGAAGAAACCCUCCUCCAGGCCCUCCUUCGAAGACCUCCGCUGGCAGCUCGACGACUUCUUCUCGAUCGAGGAGUCGGAUUAUAAGGACUUCGGAUAGGUCUGGAAAAGAGGAGAAUGGAAGGGAUGUGUUAGAGCAUGUUUUGUUUUUGUUCUUGUUGUUCUUGUAUUUCUUGUUCUUCUUCUUAUUAUUAUUAUUAUUCUCCUUGUGCUUUUGUGUGUGUGUGAUAGAGAGGAAGAAGU